AUAUAUGGCCUUACACGGUGUCAGGCGAGACUGUGGGUUUUGUUACGCCCACUAAAGAGUAAUAAAGAUUUAGAUAAGUAAAAAUAUUUAAUCUAUAGGUAAAUAAAACAAAAUAAAUACACUUUUAAAUUGCUCGGGUUCUUUUCCAUGACGUUAAAGCUUUGCACAUUGUGCCCUCUUGUGGCAGGGAAAACAUUUGCGUACUUCCGCCCCUGUUACGCCAAAUCCGGUUGUGCAGCAGCCAUUUUGUCUGUUCGGGCAUUUCUCCCCAGUCGGUUGCGAACUGCAGUUCCACCUUCGCAAACAAUUUGAAAUGCAUUUGUAGCGGCUCUAUUUCGCAUUAGCAACGAUCCGAGCGACGUACAAAAAUUUCCGUCCGACUUCGGGAAGCUGAGGAGGGUCCUCCUCUUCUAGAAAAAUCCACAGUUCAGCGUGAGAAGCGCGGCUCGGCUCGGCUCGGACAUGUCGUGUGAGGAAAGCUACUUGGCCAUCAUACGCUACCUGACCGACGAGCGGGAGCCGUACGCGCCGGGGACGCCCGGGAACACCAAGAGGAAGAUCCGCAAGGCGGCCGCCUGCUACGUGGUGCGGAACGGGACCUUAUUUUAUCAGCGCAGGUUGAAGGGCCAGAAUGACUUCACGGAGCUGGAGGUGGUGCUGCAGGACGAGCGCAGGAAGGAACUUAUCAACGAGGCGCACAUUAUGGUGGGCGGAGAGCACCUGAACCAGCAGCUCACCUGGGAAGUCAUCUCCCAGAAGUACUGGUGGAGAGGGAUCCUGAAGCACGUCAAAGACCACAUCAGGGAGUGCGCUCACUGUCAGAGCAGGCGGGGCACCGAUGACGGCUCGGGGCAGCGAUCGUUCUCCCGACCGGGCAGACGCAGGACUGCUGCCAACUCCAACGAAGAAGAGGAGGAGGAGGAGGAAGAAGAGGGAGAUGAAAAUUUAUUCUUCACAGAUUGUUCUCAACAACAGAGGUCCAAGAUGGCGAAGGGGACGCCGAAGCAUGAGCUGGUGUUUGUUGACAGUAAAGGCGUGGUCAAUCAGUUCCUGUCCAAACACAGCCAGACCAUGUUGGACAAACUCAACGAGCAGCGUCUCAGCAAUCAGUUCUGUGACAUCACGCUGCUGAUCGAAGGCGAGGAGUACCGUGCGCACAAAGCUGUGCUGGCAGCGUGCAGCGAGUACUUCAACGAGCUCUUCUUUGAGAAAGGCGCUGCGUCCACGCACGAAGCGGUCGUCGACCUCUCUGGGUUCACCAAAGCCAGCUUCCUCCCGCUCCUGGACUUUGCAUACACAUCCACGCUUACGUUUAACUUCUGCAUCAUGGCGGACAUCGCAAACCUCGCCCGACACCUGCUGAUGACCGAGGUGCUGCAGAUCUGCGAGUCGGUACAUAAGCAGGUGGAAGAGCAGAAGCUGACGGUGUAUCAGAGGGGAGACGUUCACACGGUGUUGUCGAGCGAGCCGGCCACUCAGGAAGAGGCGAAGAAUGACUCUGAAACCUACAUGGUGACCAUAGAGAGUGACGGACAGGCAUUAGUCACGCACAGCGGCGUCACCGUGUCAGGCGAGACAUUGGCUUUUGUUACACCCUCUAAAGACGGCUGCAUCCAGCAACCGAUGGCGGUCAUUACGCAGACAGUAGAAGGAGAGGGAGUACACGAAGGGGAGGCUGGACAGAGCGAGACUGUGGCCUUGAUUGCACACACCGGGCAGGUGGAACCGGGUGAGACCGUCACUCUUAUUUCAGGGGGUGCUGAAGGUUUGGAGGGGGAGACGAUGACUGUGGUCACCCACAGUGGGCAGGCCGGGGCCAGCGAAUCCCUCGCCGUGGUGUCCGCAUGUUUGGCGAUGGAAGAGCCACAAGUUGCCGAAGCAGAAACAUUUGUCAUAAACGUGGAACCGAACAAAGAGAGCCCGCUGGAGGUCACCCAGCUGGCACCUGCAGCGGCGACGUCCACUCAGGAGGCCACUACGGAGCAACAGAGGGUCGAACCAGCGCCACUGCCGCAGAAACGCAAACGAGGACGUCCAGCAAAGGUGAGGAAGGAGGUGGAGAUAGAGGAGUUCCUGCCGCUGGAGGACGAGGAACCUUCUGCAGAUGAAAGUCACUCAGACAAGCAGGAGUUCACGUCAGAUGACCCCAACAGGAGGCGACUCCGGCAGCGCUCCAUCGCAGAGGGCGGUUACGCUCGUCUGCAUAUGGGGCUGGAGGAAGAGGAGGAGGCGGCGAAAAAAGGUUCAGCCUCACCGCGUGCUGCCACCCCGAAGGUUGGGUCGAGGCCCGGGAAGAGAGGCAGGCCGCCCAAGCAGCCUGUGGAAAGUCAGGUGGAAGCACUGCCUGAGUCUGCAGCGGAUCCAGCGGUCAGUGCUGCGGAGAGCGUUAUGGCCGAGGAAGUCGCUACUGAGGAGGCCGGGGCUCCGAAGGUUUCAGAGCCAGAGACCACAGCCAGUCAGGAGAAAACCCAGGCAGAGAGCACCGUAGACGGCGAGCACACGUGCUCCGAGUGCGGCAUGUCCUUCCAGAGACGUUACUCCCUCAUCAUGCACACAUUAAAACACGAGAAAGCUCGAGGGUACAAGUGCAGCCUGUGCAGUAAGGAGUUCCAGUACGCCGCCUCUCUCCGCGCCCACCUGGCCCGACACAAGCAGCAGAGCAGCCAGCGAGCCCCCGUCGCCAAACCCUCAGUGGAGCAGGGCUCCGAGGGGAAAGCGGACAGCGAGAUCGACGAGAAAACGUCAUCAUCGUCCUCGCUCACCAAAAGAGAAUUUGUGUGUGACAUUUGCGGAAAGACCUUACCGAAGCUCUACUCCCUGCGGAUCCACAUGCUGAAUCACACCGGCGUGCGGCCUCAUUCCUGCAAGGUCUGCGGGAAGACGUUCGCCCACAAACAUAGCCUGAAGAUGCACCGAGCGCUGCACGACGUCACCAAACAGUUCCAGUGUGAAUUCUGCAAGAAGUCGUUUGUGAGCAAAAGGAGCAUGGAGGAGCACACCAGCCUCCACACAGGUGAAUCGAAGUACCUCUGCAACACGUGUGGAGCCACCUUCCACCGAGCCUCCGCUCUCAGCAAACACCUGAAGAAGCACCAACCCAAACCCGACGUCCGGCCAUUCGCCUGUGCACAUUGCGAUAAGAGGUUCUACGAAGCCAAAGAUCUGCAGCAGCACAUGAACAAGCACAUGGGCCUGAAGCCGUUCCAGUGCCAGGUGUGCGGGAAAUGUUACAGCUGGAAGAAGGACUGGUACUCCCACGUCAAGUCCCACAGCGUCGCCGAGCCUUUUAAAUGUAACGUCUGUGGAAAGGAGUUCUUCGAGAAGGCUCUGUUCAGGAGGCACGUGAAGAAAGCCACGCACGGGAAGAAGGGCCGAGUGAAGCAGAACUUGGAGAGAGAGUGCGAGCACUGUGGCAGGAAGUUCACGCAGCUCCGGGAGUACCGACGCCACAUCAACAAUCACCAGGGAGUGAAGCCUUUCGAAUGUCUGACUUGCGGUGUCGCCUGGGCCGAUGCACGCUCUCUCAAGCGCCAUGUCCGCACUCACACAGGAGAACGGCCAUACGUGUGCCCCAUGUGCCAGGAGGCCCACAUCGACGCACGCACUCUACGCAAGCACAUGGCCAAGUACCACGUGGACAGCCUGCCUGGGAAGAUCAUGCUGGAGAAGGACACCCUCCAGUUUCACAACCAGGGCACACAGGUGGAGCACGCAGUCAGCAUCCUGGCGUCCGACCUGCCCCCCGAGCUACGGCCUGCGCAGCAGCCGGCCUCGGAGGAGAUCGAGACGGUGCUGAUCACGGAGGAGACGGUGGAGGCCGUGGAGGCCGUCCAGGCUGUGCAGGCGGUGAGCGACGGCUCGGUGGCGACGCUCUCGGAUCAGGGCAUCAUGCAGGUCGUGAACUACGUCUUGGCCCAGCAGGCGCUGACGGGGGGGAAGCUCGAGGAAACCCCUGAGGUGAUUCAGACGAUGGAGGUGGAGGUGGCUCACGUCGCCGAGGUAGAGUAGCUGUGGGCCUGAGGACGGGGACUCCCCACACAGACUGAUCACGUUGCUUCACAGUCUGUAUAAAAUGUAAAAAAAACCCCAUUCAGAUCCUAUUUUUCUGAACUUGUAAAUAGUGUAAUGAUCUCAGACUCGAGGUUUUCACUGUGUGCAUUGUCUGUAAAUAGCUAAACAAACAGUAAGUGGAUACAUUUCAGACAUGAACUGUGUUGUCGCUCAGGAGGAAUGCAGGCAGAAUUAAAGCUUUGGCUCAAACUUCUCUGAUCUGUUUUUGUUGUUUGUUUGUUUUUUAGCUAAUACCAAGAUGAUGAUGACAGCUCAAGCCUUUGUGUUCUGUAUAGUUUGUGGUUCUGAUUCUGCACCGGCUUCCUGCAGGUCAUCAAAAAGACAGAAAUGUCUUCUGUAGAUUUGCAGAUGGUAUUUUUAAAAAUCAGAGACAAAAGGCUGAGAUAGUUUGGACACGUGUACAAGGAACAGGAUGAUGUUUGUUUUUUGUUGAAUUUCAUUUUUCACAGACUUAUCAGUGUCACAGUAGAGCUUGGACCUCCUUCAGGACCAAGUCUCCCCAUCUCAGUAAAACAUUGAGGAGCUGUUUUGAAGCGGCUUGUAAUUUAGUGGUUUGCCCGAUAUUGUUUGAUUAUUUGUAUGGAAGGUAAAACUCUUGUCGAAACUUGUUUUUGAAUCCUGGGAGCCUUUUCUGUUUUUCCUUGUCUUUUGCCAAACAGCUGGCCUCCUACUUUUUGUCAGGUAUUAUAUAUAAAGUUACUGCAGGUUUUUCAAAGCCAAACAUUUCAGCUACAAACAAAGGCAAUGGCAGUUCUUCCUGUUUUUGGGUGUGCAGUGAAGGCAUCGUGUUCCCAGUAAUUUUGUUCCCAGCUGUUGACAGCCUUUUUGAGGACCAACACAGAAUUGGACUCUGUAGCAGGAGUUGGUUACCUUUGUUAGGUAACUUCAGUGUUAAGAAGGUGGUGUAGUUCUUUCCAAUGUACACAAUCAGAUCUCAGGAAAAAUGUCCUCACCAUUCCUGGAAGAUCCCUCAGACCUCCACGUGCAGAUAACAAAGGGUCUAUUUAAUUUUUUUUUUUUUAAGAGUGUCUCAGUGAUGCAUAGAUUCGUGGUAAACAAAGCACACAAUCUCUCAGUUCCACGUUGUUUUGCUUCUGUUUUGACUUGGUUAUUUCUAAUUAAUAACAUGGUGUAAAAUGUCCUGAGUUCAUCUUAGGUUGUAUUUUUCUGGUAAGACAGGUAAGCGUCUCUUUCACGUCUCUGUGCAGAUUCUUAGAAGCACGACUGAAGCACUUUCUUGCUUUUUGCAAACAAUUUUAAAGCUUCUUUUUUCUUUACACAGAAA